AUGCCGGCGGGUGGCAGGUGUCGGCCUCCGGAUGCGCAAGCCCGGCUCUCGGGAGUGGGGCCCGGGAAGCACCCAGGCGCCGCGCCACGAGACUAUGAGCUGGUGUCUCCCUACGAGGUUGACCACAAGGGCAACUACGUGUCGCAUGAAAUCACGCACCCCCAGAGGAGGAAAAGGGCUCUGGCCCAGCUCGGAGAUGACUCUCUGCACCUUCGGCUGAACGGCUUCAGGCAUGACUUCCACCUGGAUCUGAGAGCCUCCCGCAAGCUGGUGGCACCUGGAUUUCUCAUCCAGACUUUGGGAAAGCGGGGCACGAAAUCAGUGCAGGCUUUCCCACCUGAGGACUUCUGUUUUUAUCAAGGCUCCUUGCGAUCCCACAAAAACUCCUCGGUGGCUCUUUCGACCUGCAAAGGAUUGUCAGGCAUGAUAAGAACCCAGGAGGCGGACUACUUCCUGAAGCCCCUCCCUUCACACCUGGCAGGGAGCCCCAGUGACUCCACGGGGGGCAGGCCUCCCUCCCACAUCCUGUACAAGAGAUCCACGGAGCCACCGGCCCUGGGGCCCCACCGGGUCGCGAUGAUGGAGAAAAAGUGGGAGCUGGAAGGCCACCAUCUCUUCCACCACGAAGGUCAAUCCCCACGCGGCUUCAGCUUCAGGCACCCACAGAAGCAGCAUUUCUGCGGAAGACGCAAGAAAUACACGCCCAAGCCUCCCAAAGAAGACCUUUUCAUCUUGCCGGAUGAAUAUAAAUCAUGUGUAAGGCACAAGCGAUCCCUUCUGAAGUCCCAUAGGAACGAAGAGCUGAACGUGGAGACGCUGGUUGUGGUUGACAAAAAAAUGAUGCUAAACCAUGGCCAUGAAAAUAUCACCACCUACGUGCUGACAAUACUCAACAUGGUGUCUGCUUUAUUCAAAGACGGAACAAUAGGAGGGAACAUCAACAUUGCCAUUGUCGCUCUGAUUCUUCUGGAAGAGGAACAGCCAGGGCUGGUGAUAAGCCAUCACGCGGACCACAGCUUGAGCAGCUUCUGCCAGUGGCAGUCUGGACUGACGGGGAAAGAUGGGGCUCGCCAUGACCACGCCAUCUUACUCACCGGCCUGGACAUAUGCUCCUGGAAGAACGAGCCCUGUGACACCCUGGGAUUCGCGCCCAUCAGUGGCAUGUGCAGUAAGUACCGCAGCUGCACGAUCAAUGAGGACACAGGUCUCGGACUGGCCUUCACCAUCGCCCACGAGUCUGGACACAACUUCGGCAUGGUCCACGACGGAGAGGGGAACGUGUGCAAGAAGUCGGAAGGCAACAUAAUGUCCCCCACGUUGGCAGGACGCAACGGGGUCUUCUCCUGGUCCCCCUGCAGCCGCCAGUACCUGCACAGGUUUCUAAGCACCGCCCAGGCUACCUGCCUUGCUGACCGGCCAAAGCCCGUGAAGGAGUACAAGUACCCGGAGAAGCUGCCCGGAGAGUUAUAUGACGCGAACACGCAGUGCAAGUGGCAGUUUGGAGAGAAAGCCAAGCUCUGCAUGCUGGAUUUCAAAAAGGAUAUCUGUAAAGCCCUGUGGUGCCACCGGAUUGGAAGGAAAUGUGAGACUAAAUUUAUGCCAGCUGCAGAAGGCACUACUUGUGGGCAUGACAUGUGGUGCCGCGGAGGGCAGUGUGUGAAAUAUGGUGACGAAGGCCCCAAGCCCACUCACGGUCACUGGUCAGACUGGUCUCCCUGGUCCCCUUGCUCCAGGACCUGUGGAGGAGGGGUGUCUCACAGGGACAGACUCUGCACAAACCCCAGACCAUCGCAUGGAGGCAAGUUUUGCGUGGGCCCCACGCGAACCCUGAAGCUUUGCAACAGUCACACAUGUCCGCACAACAGCGUCGACGUUCGCGCCCAGCAGUGCGCCGAGUUCAACGGCAAACGGUUCCGAGGAUGGUUCUACAAGUGGAAGCCGUACAACCGCGUGGAAGAUCAGGACUUCUGCAAACUCUACUGUAUCGCAGAAGGAUUUGAUUUCUUCUUUUCUUUGUCAAAUAAAGUCACAGAUGGGACUCCAUGCUCGGAGGAUAGCCGUAAUGUUUGUAUAGAUGGGAUAUGUGAGAAAGUGGGAUGUGACGACAUCCUGGGGUCCGAUGCUACGGAAGAUGCCUGUGGCGUGUGCCGGGGCAAUAACUCCAGCUGCACGGCGCACAAGGGCCUCUACGCCAAGCAGCACCGCGCCAACCAGUAUUACCAGGUGGUCACCAUUCCCUCCGGAGCCCGGAGCAUCCGCAUCUAUGAAACGAAUAUAUCUACCUCCUACAUUUCUGUGCGAAAUGCACUCAAAAAGUACUACCUGAACGGACGCUGGGCGGUGGACUGGCCCGGCCAGUACAAGUUUUCAGGAACCACCUUUGACUACAGACGUUCCCACAAGGAGCCUGAGAGCUUAACCUCUCCUGGACCAACCAACGAAACCCUGAUCGUGGAGCUUCUGUUUCAGGGAAGGAACCCAGGCAUUGCCUGGGAAUACUCCAUGCCAAGGUCGGGGGUUGAGAAGAAGCUUGGAGCCCAGCCCAGCUACACGUGGGCAACCAUCCGCUCCGAGUGCUCUGUCUCCUGUGGAGGAGGGCAGACCACCACGAGAGCAGGCUGCUACAGAGACUUGCGCGUCCUGGUGAACGCCUCCUUCUGCAGCCCCGACGCCCGGCCGGUCACGGGGGUCAUGCCCUGCAAGCUGUCUGCCUGUCCCCCCAGGUAUAAAGCCCAGUCCUCGGGGCUCCUGAGUCGGGGGACUAGAAGUGCCGACCGCAGCCAUGCAAUCCGUGACGGCAGAAGCGAGAGGAACAGGAGCUGCCUGAACGGACUCAUUCACGGUCUGUCUGCGUCCCCUGGCUUCAUCGCCACCGAGGGGCCGCCAAAAGCAUCCGAAAUACUGCCAGUUUUUGAGCCUCCCAGCCUGGAGGAAGAUGGUCUCAAAUGUCUGCGAGGUGGGGGCCAGCGGGAGCACCCGGGCCCCGUGAUGGAGCAUCAGCGCUUCGCGCCGCUCCGCUGGGACCGAGCGAGGCCCCCCUGCCGCCGCCUCCGCGCGCCUGGAAGGAGGCUCCGCCGGCCACGCGCAGACGGCUGUGCGCGACGCUCCCCCCGGCUCAUUUGA